AUGGAGCUGGGCGGCGGCGGCGGCGGCAGCAACGUCAGCUACUACUCCGGCUACGCGCGGGCGGCGGCGGCUGAGGCGAAGGCCGCGGCGGCGCCGUGCUGGAGGAGGAGCCCCUCGGACGGCGCCUUGGCGCGGGGCGGCGGCCGCCGGGCCUGGAGCGCCUUCGCCCCCAGCACAAAUCUGAGGAUUUUUCUUGAGAGGGAUUUAUCAAAAGAACGCCACGAGUUGCUAAAAGAUCAAAGACUGUUUCAUAAUCAAGCACGAAAACAUUAUGUAGAAACAAAUAAACGAAGGAGAGCACUUGAAGAAAAGCGGAAGGAAGAGGAAGAAAAAGAACAAAAAUUUAGAGAACAGAUUUUACUGCAACGGAAACUGAAACACCAGGAAGCAACUGAGAAGUUCCAGCGUGGUCAUCUUCCGUAUGCACAGCGAAAGAGAGUGCAGAGAAAAGUAGAACCCAAAUUGGAUGAGGCUUUUGAAAAAAUUCAGAUAACUGGAUUGCCGUUGUCAGUAUACAGAGGCGAUGGCAGAACUACUGAUACAACCAAACACGACCCUUUCCAGUGGAAACAAAACAUAGCAAAAAGUUGUGGUGAUAAAAUAAUGGAGGAAUUGCGAAAUGUGGAGGAACUGCAGCAGCAACUGCACAAAAAGCAUUUCAGCAACCUUCAGAGUUUUCAAGAAGAAGUGAAUGAAAUAGCCAUUUCAGAAAGCAUUGGGAGUACAGACAGUCUUGAAGCUGGCGAACAAACUGAAAGCUUUGCAACACCUAGUGAAGCUUCUUCUCCAUCUGCGCAAUUGGACUCUACGUUACACAAUUCCCAGGAAUCACAAGCUAAAAACAAAAGUUUAUCUGAUUGUGCUAACGUGACUUUUUCUAAAAAUCAGAACGUAAAUAAUUGGCUCAUAAGUUUAAAUACCUCAAAUAUCCAAAGAAACUCCCCUUUUCAUGACAUUUUAAUAAAAUAUAAUGCUCGAACUCCCGAGGAACAGGCGUGCGAUCCUGAUCAGAAGCCCUCCCUUCCGAGUACAUCCGAGCAAAAAGAGCCCGAGAGAUGUACUUCUGCUGAUAAUCUAGCCUUUAUGCAAAAUAAAAGAGGUGAAAAGUGCUCUCAGUUGAAGAAUCCAUCUUCAGGAACUGCAAGCACAGAGGAUACUUUGGCUACUGAUAAUAAAGCCUGGGCUAUCCUUGAUCCAUCUCCAGUUGCUUUAGUGCAAGAGAAGCAUCCUGAAGUUCUCCGGAAUAACCAGACCUCAUUGGCACAACCCCCAAAUCCAACUGCAGCAACACCUGUAGUCUUUCCCACUGGACAGUGCUCCACUGCCACUUACAAUAAUGACUUCUCAGUUAAUUGUUGGCAGAAGGGGAAAGAUGCUCAUACGGCAAGGUGUACUGAAGAUAUAGAUUGUGCUGAAAUGGAAAAUUGCUCUAAUCGUAUUAACAGUGAGGCACCUUUGCUUGAAGAGACGGACAAAAGCAGUCUUGAUCAACAGAAUGACAGCAUGAUCUGUGGAGACUCGGCAGCCAAUUUAUCUGACCAUGACCAUCAGCGGAACGAUAACGAUAAGAGAAAAGGAGUGAAAUUACCAAAAAGCAUUUUGAAGAAAGAAUCUAAAUAUGAGCCUAGUAAUAGUUUCAAAGCACUGGUUGUAAACAGAGGGAUCAGAUUUGGGAAUCAGCCUGUAUGUGCUAUCAAAGACAGUAUCGAACUGGCUAAAAUAAAGGGGAAAGAUGCAGAUACUCAAAGGAACUGUAAAAAACUUAGAUGGUUUGAUGAAAUUAACAGAGUACAAGGAACUAAUGAUGAUGAAAAGUGUUCGGAACAAAAUGUCACUGAAAUACCUCGGGUAUCAUCCCAGUCUUCUGGUUUUCCAAUUAAAGCCACAACUUCUAGGACAAAUCUUAGAAGCAUUCCUUCUUGUGUUUUUAAUUCUACUUUUCUAGAAAAUGGGCAGGAUAGUUCUCAGACAUCAACCAAGCUUGCUAUCUCUGGAGGCUCAGAAAGAAAUAAUGGGACACUGAAUCCUUUUGAAUCUACAGGAUAUCAUAUUGCUAAACAGGCAUGGAUGGCACCAAAAGUUGACGAAAUUAAACCUCUUCUGUAUGCUGUUGACCUUAAAAAUCCGAGAAGCAACCCACGCAAAGGUAGAGCAAAGAUGAUCAAAAGACCAAAAUCUGCCAAAGUCCCAUCAACCUUCACCCCCAAAAACCGAAAGGGCACUAUUAUCCGACCACAGUCUGCCAGCGAAGCCACCAAUGUUAUGAAAGCUCAGGGCAAAAUCAUGUUGCCUCACCCACCGUACAAAUCUGUACCAGGCAAAGGGACCGAUCAAAACAGUAGCUCACUCUCAAAUGAAGGUCAGGAUUCGAAUGGAGAUGCUACAGAAGGCCCUCCCCCUCAGAAUGUCCCUUGCUAUUCUCACGUGGGCCCUGGGAGACCUUCCGAACCCCCUCCUACUAUAGUCACAUAUGACCCUUUGAUGAAGGCUAGUCUCAUGGCAAAUGCUGUUCAGUCAGUUGCACAGCAUAAUAAUGCCAUCCAAGGAAGCCCCACUUGCUCAGAAAAUGAAUUGUGUGUAGAUCACACACCAACUGACGAAGAAAUCAAGGUUUUGUGGCAAGGAGUGCAUACUGGAUUGACCCAAAAGGAUGGGGCCGCUGGGGAUUCCAAGCAUUGUCCUAUACAUCACAAUAAUUCAAGCCAUGGGGACUCGCAGCCCGCUAGAACUAGUGUGCCCCACAUCACUAUCGAUGGUGGCAGUCUGACAAACAAUGUGAAACCAGGUCUUAGGGUGAACGGAUUUUUUUCUUCUCAGCCAAGCACUGCUGUUGCACGACGAAAACAAACUAAUGAUCAUAUUGAAAAUAAACGCAAGGCUCUUUUGGAACAGAGAAGACAAAUGGCGGCUUCUGCAGGAUGGAAGCCCUCUUAUCUUGGACAGAAUUCAGUGCAAGCCGUGAAGCUAGGACCAUUUCAGUCUUCUUCUGAGCCGGUAUACACCAUGGGUGGCAUUGGUCAUUCUGACGAAGUUACAGACAGCACGUCCCAGUUUCUGCUGGCUGAACAGCUAGUGAGCACUGCCGCCACAGAAGGUGAAAUCCUGACUUAUUUGGACACAGCUCCGCAGCACAAGCCAACAGUGGUGCUGAAUAGACCCCUGCGGCCAGGCAUGAGCUCACUCUCACUUGAAGAGCACAAAGUUCUUCACUCUCUCGACCGCCUUAAUCAAAGACUGCAAACUGUCCAAGAAACCAUUCACAAAAAUCCAUCCUCUACAAGCAUCUUACAAACCAUUUCCACUUUGGGUACAUCUCCCUCUUCUGUGGACGCCAUGCCAUCUAUACAAAGGUGUAAGAGCAUAUUAGCUGAUGCCCGAACUCUUACACAGAAAAGAUAUUGACCUGGCCUAACAAACUGACCUGCUGAAAUGGGAUUUAUUUUAAUAUAUUUUUGGCUGCUAUCUAUGUAACAUAAUUGUUUGCGACAUGCCUUAAAUACUAUUCAAAGAAAUCCAAACAAAAUAAAGAUGUAACACAAGUAUUGACUGCUUGUUACCUAGUUU